AGAUUUUUUAACUAUAAUAUCCUACCAUACGCAAAAACCGCAAAGUCUUUGCAAAGUGGACAACCAAUGGCACCAUGGAUGGCUUCAGUUAUUCGACACUUACGAUCGGAGGAGGAAAGGAGAAAUAGAAGAGCUACACGUCUUUUGUUUCAGAGAGUGGCAACAAAUUUACGUACAAAACGUAUUUUGAAUAGUCAACUCUGUAAGGGAUCUGCUGUGGCUUCCUAUGUUACUCUCUUGUGGAAAAAGUGGACAGAGAGAUGGUACAAAAAACGCGAGACGACAAAAAGAGAAGGGGCAGCUGAUAUUCACCGCAUGUUGGACAUCAUGGUAAGUAACAUGAAAAGCACAUCGCGACAGCAACAGAGACUGGGAGAACAACUCCGGCUGGAGGAAGAGAGACGGCAGAAGAAUUUUAAAGAGUUGCGAGAUCCCUGUGCGGACCCGAGUAGUGCACACUUUGAUGUGGCACACCUUCCGAAAAAACGCAUGUAA